AGCCCCUACACAGGGCCAGCCUUGACAUUCUUAAUUGGCUCAAAUCGCGUGAGCUACACCGUCCCGGAACUCUACGCCAGGCAAUCUCCAAAAUGGGCAUACUCAUCAAACCCAAUCGGCCCAUUCGGCCCAUACCGGCGGACCGUCGAACUUCCCGAAGUAGACGAAGACAUUGGGCAUACGCUAGUGCAUUAUUUGUACACUGGCACCUACCAGACACUAAAGCCACGAGGUGUCUUCGGUACUCCCAAAACCACGACCGAAUACAGAAGAGGUUUUCUGGUCUAUUAUAUUGCAAGGCUGUAUGGACUCGAUGGCCUUGCAGAACAUGCAAUAAAAAAUAUGGAGAUGUUUGACCAGGGUUUGUCCAUCUUUGAGAUCUUGGAUAUUGCAAGAGAUCUAUAUCCCAAGUUCCUUAAGGACGAAAACUGGCUCCUAGAUUACCUGAAGACGAAAAUUGAGGCUGCAUUCGAGGCAGACGAGACUAUAUUCGCCCAAGAGCGAUUCUUCGAUCAUAUCGGUGAAGCUGCUGCUUUCAAUAAAGCUCUGGUAAAGAUUAUGGUGGGGAUAUACACGGACAAGAUCACAAGUCUGGUUAACAAGGAAGGUGAGAUAAGAGAAAGCAUCUUUGGGAAUCCCGCUUACUGCGAAGCACCAGUUGCCGAAGAAUCCGUUCUGGAUGCUCCUCCUCCACCCCCUCCACCUCCCCCAGAA